CAGAAAGCGGAGGGGUCGCUCCCGGGGCCGGCGCUGUCGGAUCGGGGAGGCUGAGGGCGACCAGGGAGAGAGAGCUGGGAGCCGAGGGGAGCGGGGAAGGUUCGGGGUUAGAGGUUGGCUCCACACAAAGGAGCGAGCGGCUGGAAGCCGGUUCGACGCCGAGAGCCAAUCGCAACUGCGGCCCCGCGAUAAAAGGGCUCGGAGCCGGCGGUGGGAGCGCAGGAAGCGGCCCCGCUCCACGGCCGCGGCCUCUGCGGCGGGACACGGGCAGCGGAGCCCCGGCAGCGGAGCCCCGGCAGCGGAGCCCCGGCAGCGGAGCCCCGGCAGCGGAGCCCCGGCACGGCCCCGCCCUGCCCCCGGACCCUCCGCUCGCGGUGUUGCAAGAGGUCUGUCUUAGACAGCACCGCAGGGAACAUCGACCCACAGACUUCAAGCUCAGGAUUAAACAGACAGAGAAGGGAGAGGAGCCAUGUUCCAGGCCACGGGAGCCGCCAGCCCACCCCCAACUCAUGAGGCCAAGAACAGCUCAGGAGGCAGCACAGUGCAGCGCUCCAAGUCCUUCAGCCUGAAGGCGCAGGUGAAGGAGAUGUGCACUGCCUGCCAGAAGACCGUGUACCCCAUGGAGCGGCUGGUGGCCGAUAAAUUCGUCUUCCACAACUCCUGCUUCUGCUGCAAGCACUGCCACACCAAGCUCAGCCUGGGCAGCUACGCCGCGCUCCAUGGGGAGUUCUACUGCAAGCCCCACUUCCAGCAGCUCUUCAAGAGUAAAGGCAACUACGACGAAGGCUUCGGGCGCAGGCAGCACAAGGAGCUGUGGGUGCACAAGGAGGUGGAGAGUGGCACCAAGUCGGCCUGAGUGGGGCCAGCCCCUGCUCCUGGAGCCCCGCAGAGCCGGAGGAGCUGAGCCAGGCGCUAACUGAGCUGAUGUAAAGAAAGCAGGACCUGGGGGAGGGGAGAGGGGGAGCCCCUUUGCAGAGGGGUUCUGCAGGCCAUAAGGACAGGGCAGAGGUGACCACGGUGCAGCCCCCAGACCUGAAGCCCUCUCUAUGCAGGCCCCUCUCCUCAGUGAGAUCAGAGCUGAAGCAACUGCCCCCCAUGGGACCCCCAGCCCUGUUGAUCCAUCUCAGGCCUGACCGUGGAAAAGGAGCUGAGCUGGGGGCUUAUCCAGCUUGUGACUCACUGCAGAGCUCCCAGCUCCACCACACCAACCCUGCAUUGCAGGGGCUCUGGAUAAGGAGGGUCCCCAGUUUACAUCAGCUCAGUUCAGCUGGGGUGGUUCAGCCUUAAGGAUGUUGCCCUGCCAUGGUUUAAGUGUCUCUUUUUUAUAUUUGCCUUUGACUGGUACUUCCUGUGCUGGAGCCUCGCGGCAGCUUCACAUGCGCUCCUUUAUUUUUGUAAUACAAGGUUUCCAAGCCU